AUGGUCGUCUACUACCAGAUUGCCGGCAAGCAGGUCGGCUCCCACGUCCUCGCCAUGGGCGUCAUGGGAACCCUGUUCGGUGGUAUUUUCCUCUCGACUCGCGGUGGUGGUCAGAAGAAGCAGGCCACUCCUCCCAUUCAGGCCUCUUCCAAGGACGAGGAGAAGUUCAUCCAACCAAUUCCCUUCCCAUACUCCCUAAAUAUAGGGACGGACAUCGUUCAUCUCCCCCGAAUCCUCCGCCUCAUCAACCGUCCCGACUACCUCCACCGCUUUACCCGGCGCAUCCUCCACGAACAAGAACAGCAAGACUUCCGCACCAGAUUCUCCCUCCUACCGCCAUCAUCCGGUGCAGAAAAAGCUGAGCCCAGCGCAAUAACCCCAGACAUGGCGCGCUGGCUGGCAGGCCGCUUCGCCGCAAAAGAGGCAGCACGUAAAGCCGCUCCGGCCGGCGCGGCGUCCCUCGGAUGGAAGGAUGUUAUUGUUAGGGUUGGUGAGGUUGAUCAGGGUAGACCGGAGAUUGUGUACUUGGAUCCUUUGAGUGGAAGCGGGAGUAGUGAAGGCAGAGUAGGCAAAUUGUCCAUCUCGCAUGACGGGGACUAUGUGGUUGCUACUGUGCUUGCGGCUGGUUGA